UUCCGACUCAGCCAUAUUUUAAAGUGGUAAGUGAGUACGAUUCUCCUCUAGUCAAAUCGUUAAAAUACAUAAUUUAAAGUUUACGGAUAUUCCAAUUUGGGUCGAUACAUUUCUUUUAACGAUAUUGAAUAUCGGAGUUUGUCAACUCGACGUUGUACUGUUGCAAUCAACAUGCAGAACGACGCUGGUGAAUUCGUGGACCUCUACGUCCCCCGCAAAUGCUCUGCUAGCAACAGAAUCAUUGGUGCUAAGGACCACGCCUCCAUCCAGAUCAACGUCGCUGAUGUUGACAAAGUCACUGGCAGGUUCAACGGUCAGUUCAAGACCUACGCCAUCUGUGGAGCCAUCCGUAGAAUGGGUGAGGCAGAUGACUCCAUUCUGAGGCUGGCAAAGGAGGAUGGCGUGGUAUCAAAGACCAUCUAAGUGAGAAGGUGAAUUCCUGGAGUGUCUUUGUAAAAUAAAAAAAAAGAAAUGUGAAA